GUGCCAAGUGCCAGGGGCUUGGGGAAAAAAUGAAAUAACAAUCGUUCUCUCCACAGGACGGGCCCAGUCGUUGGCCUCUUCACUUCCAAGCCACACUUUGACCCAGCGGGCAGCGGAGCGGUGGCUGGGUUGGGUGUAAUGAAAACUUAACUUAAACUUCCACCCCUGCUGUUUUGGGUGGCCAUCGAGUCAGCCAUCAUGAUGCUGACAUGAGCGGGGACAGCUGCAGGGCCCUCGGGGGCGUAUAAAGGUGAGAAGGAUCCCUCAAAACUCAGCCCCCGCUGCUUGUGGGAACCUGGUGACUUAACACCUGGUUCUACACGGCUGUGACUCACGCUCAAGUUCACCUCGCUACAGCAGAGCACCCGCCCCGGCGAAGGGGGAUUCACGCCCAGCGUCCAUCAAGCGCGCCAGUUGUGUAGACACGGGAGCAUCAAUGCAUGGGCCUGGCCAUCCCAAACCCCUUGGGAAAGAAAGGGCAACGUGUCUGGAUUCAAGAUGGCCAACUCCAGCAGGAAACCGCCACUGAAUCUUUGAACGCUUUAUUGUCAUGGCCAUUUUGAAGGCAGAAUAUCUCGUGUCGGGGGCUCGCUGCCCAACUGGACAGCUUUCUGUUAGCACCCCAGAGGUACUAGUACUGCCUCUGCCUCUGGUGUCAGUUGCUCUUGGGUAAGGAUGUGAGACCUGCUAAUGAAGGAAAUCCCCAAUGCAGAGAUAGGAAGGAAAUUCACCAGCCCCUGACAGAUGCUACUUCUUGAUUUUGGAGGCUUCGCUCGCCUUGGAUUGCACGUAUAUCUCAGCGGCUGUCCUUCCUUCCAUACAGCAUCCCUUGCUGGGUGCUGCCUUCUUUUGCUGUCUGGACCAUGACUGAGGAAAUUAUCUACGCUGAUAUAAAUGUUCUAGAAGACACAUCCCACACCAGCCAACCCUCUGCCCCUAAGCACCACGAUCUCCAGGGAUUUUCACACUGGCGCGGGUUCGUUCUGUGGAUUGCUUUGGCUGGCAACGUGAUCCUGGCUACAGUGGUAAUUGCACUGGGCAUGCAGGUUUUCCAGGGCCGCUCCACGCAGACGGACACUGGCGCAGUCUCAUCGGUCCCCAAGAGCAGCAGUGUCGCUCAGAGAAACUCCCCCGGCACAGAAUGCAACAGGAGCCUGGAGGACUUGGUGUCUCGCCUGAAGCAGAGUCUGUGUCACUCAGCCCAGAGCCCCUCAGCAGACGGCUCCGGCUGUAAACUCUGCCCCAUGGACUGGCUGUCGAACAGGGGAAAGUGUUACUGGUUUUCCAAAGACAGCAAAACCUGGAAUGAGAGCCAUGCUGACUGCUCAGCGAAGAGCUCUCAAAAGCUAGUGAUCCAGGACUGGGAGGAGAUGGAGUUCAUACAGAACAUCACACAGGGUCUAUAUCAUGUCUGGCUUGGGCUCCAUGUUAUAUCUCCAGAGAAGAAGUGGACCUGGGUGGACAGCUCCAUGUUAGACCAAACUCUGUUCCCAGUAAUGGGUCCUGCUGACGUGAACAGCUGUGGGGUGAUAAAAGGGAAUCGGAUUCACUCUGAAACCUGCAGUGCUGAAUUCAAAUGGAUUUGCCAGAAAGAAGCCAUGCAGCUAUAAACAGUGGCAUUAGAGACACUCAUUCCUGUAACAGACCAGUACACUGCCUUGGGUUUCAGUCUUCGGGCCAGACUUCCAGGACUGGAUGUGCCUGCGGAGACAUGUACGUGCAUCCUCAAACCAGCUAUUUGUAUCUUCAGCUCAGGUAAAUGCGUGUGCAAAGCAGGCCCAAGGCGCAUCUCAUGGACAUAAACACUGCGACACUGACUCUGGUCCAGCAAGAACACCCCUCUUCCUCCCACUGUAUCCCCUUCCACCAUCAUUGAUUCCCUGGCUCCACCCCUUCCUCCUUCACCCCCACUGCCUCUUCUACUUUAUGCCUCUUACGCCCGGUACUUUAAUUCCCUUGUUCUCCACCUAGCUCAGUGGGAGGGACACUUUCACAUCCUUGUUCUCCUGGAUCUGGGCUCUCUGCCAUCUCAUCAACUCUCCUGGGUCUUCUCCUGCUUUUCUGACUAUCCUUCCUUCAGCAUCUCCUUGACAACCUUGAAACCUUUUCGACCCAAUGUUUUUCAAAUCAGGUGUUUCAUGAAAGCUGACAAUGGCUCUUGAACAGUUUCAGUUUCGACGAGUUGGCAUUUUCUGACAAAAAAAAAAAAAGAAUCAGAACAUUGCUAACCACAACUACACAUUUCUCAUAUUUUUGGGAAUUUUUAAUCAUUUGUGAUUUCUAACCACCUCUCUUCAUUUCCCAUUUUUAAUAAAUUAUCAUUUUAUAGAGUUUAUAAUCUUUCAUUUUCAGAAUAAGGAUAUUUUAAUGUUUUUGGCAGUUUAGUCACAUGGUGGAUUUUUAUUUAAUUUCAUAUUUUUUUAAAAAUUUGUUUACAAAAGGAAAGCAAUAAACAAAUGCUCAAGGGAAAAUUUGCUAAAAAUAGUGGUAAAAUUUUAAAAAGAAAUUUUAAAUGAAAA